AUGACAUCAUCACAGCUGCUGCAGAUGUGCAGAAGAGCAGCUCUGUGUUCGCAGCUCAAACGUGACGUCGUCACAGGACCUGGACCCGCAGCGCAGCAGAGCGCGGCGCAAGAUGGUGCAGCAGAAAUGGAGGAAGAGAACACAUACUCAGUCAUCUGUUCAUCUUCCACGAGCCUUUCAUCGGAGGAUCUUCCUCAUGGUGCUGAUCUCCUCCACCACACUGACGGAGUGAUCAUGUCCUGCACACCACUCAGUGGGGGUACACUGUGUCGCCAUCCACCUGUCAGUCAGAGAGGCCACGCCCCUAAUAAUGUAAACAUGAACCCUAAUACAGCUGAAGAAAGCAGCGACACAGCUCUGCAGAGAUGCAGCUGUGAGAUCAGAGCUGCGUCUGUUCCCCUGUCGCAGGGUCGAGCUGACGUCUGCUCACUGAGUCGUUUGUCAGCAUUCGAUCCUCCUGAUCUGCCCCGGGGCAACAAUUCAACCUGUUCUUAUUCAAAUCAGCCCCCUCCUCGCGCUCAUGCCCCAGCAGCCAAUCAGCUCGUACAGGGGGCGGGGCAGCAGGGUAUAAGUGUCUCAGGUGAGCAGCAGGUGUAUGGAGCAGACAGGUGCAGGCAGACCGGAAGAAGCAGCAGCAUGGCGUCCUUUGUGCCAGAGCGUGGCCCGUCCCCCCCAGUCUGCAGACGCUCGCUCCCCCAGCAGGAGCUCCCGUCUCUGGCCCUCGACCCGUCCGACUUCAGCCUGUACGGCCCUCUGUCUCCACCUGCGCCCAGCCCGUCGGCGUGGCUCCAGCCGGCCCACAGUCGCAGCUUCGCCUCCAGCCUGGACCAGAGCUUCGCCGGAGGAUGUGCACCGGGGCUGCCCCCGCCCUUCAGGGACUUCCACCCUUAUCUCUACGGGCUCCAGAGGAGCAUGUCCUGGUUCUCCCAGGACGACAUGCUGAGCUUGGUCCGCCCGCCAUACUCUUACUCUGCCCUCAUCGCCAUGGCAAUAAAGAGCGCUCCAGCGCAGCGGCUGACCCUCAGCCAGAUCUACCAGUACGUCUCGGACAACUUCCCCUUCUACAGCCGCAGCAAGGCCGGCUGGCAGAACUCCAUCCGCCACAACCUGUCGCUCAACGACUGCUUCCAGAAAGUUCCCCGAGACGAGCGCGAUCCAGGUAAAGGGAACUACUGGACUCUGGACCCGAACUGUGAGAAAAUGUUCGACAACGGAAACUUCCGCCGCAAGAGGAAGAGGAAGAACGACUGCGAGACCAAUGAGAAGAAAUCUUCCUCCUCUUCCUCUCCGUCCUCCUCAGAGCCCAGCCCAAAAAUUCCCAGUGUGCACAGCAGCAGCGGUUACAGCACAGAGCCGCCUCCUCUCUCAGACGCUGAGUCCAACCUCAACAGCUUCCUCUGCCACCUCCAGGACUCCCUCUUCCUCGCUCCUCCUCACUCCUCUGUACCUUACAUGAAGUUACCAGAGCAGGCCUCCCCGUCGCCUCAGGGGUACACGUCGUCUUAUUCGCCCGGCGCCGUGGUGCCGCAGUGGGACACCAGCUGCUCCUCUCCAUCCUUCUACACCUCGCCGCCUCCUCUCUUCUCGUCCUCCCAGGCCACUCCUUUUAACUUCUGCCCGCUCCCUGACCCUCAGACUGGCUUGCCACCGCUCUACGCUGAGCUGCAGACGGCAUCCUGUCCUCAGGUGGAGCUCCAGGAGAUACAGCAGCUGCAGGCCCAGAGCCAGCCUCUGUUCUUGGGGGGCUUCAGUGACUCUCUGACCCUUGACUCGCUGGUCCUCCAGCACUGAAACAGACUUACCUGUCCGCCCUGAACAGUUUCUAUUUAUCUUUUUUAUAC